AAAAAAACCUUAAAUCUGCAUAUAUCUAUUAUGAUAAAAAUAUGAAAUAUCUGUUAAAUAAUGGGUUUUUACGAAAAUUAUUAUUUGUAAACAAUAAACAUCUUGUAGUUAUAACGCGUUUUAAGACUAAAAUAAUGAAAUAUUUAAAUGUAGCUGAAAAAAAUGAUGCCGCUAAAAAUAUUGCAAUGCACUUAUCAAGAGGAACGUCAAGGCGGCGGGAAGGAUUCUCUCAAUUUAAUAAAAUUUAUGAAUUUGAGGCGGAGGUCAUGGGUCAGAAAUGUCAAAUGGUCAUGACAUCAGUAUCUGGACAUCUUUUGGGCUUGGAAUUUGUUAGUGCCUAUAAACAUUGGCAAUCUUGUAAUCCUGUGUCGCUCUUUGAUGCACCUGUUUUUAAACAUUGCCCUGAGAACUAUGAGAAAAUAAAGAAAACUUUAGAAAGAGAAGUACGUAGCUGUCAAGGCCUUAUUAUAUGGACUGAUUGUGAUAGAGAAGGUGAAAAUAUUGGCUUCGAGAUCAUUGACGUUUGUACAGCUGUAAAGAGCAGUCUUAAAAUAUAUAGAGCUAAGUUCUCUGAGAUAACGUCUGUGUCUGUAUGGAGGGCACUGCAAAACUUGGCACAACCUAACAAGCAUAUUAGUGAUGCUGUGGAUGUUAGACAAGAAUUGGAUUUACGGAUAGGUGCAGCGUUUACAAGAUUUCAAACACUUAGAUUACAAAAAGUAUUUCCAGCUACAUUAGCACAAAACUUAGUAAGCUAUGGGUCGUGUCAGUUCCCAACGUUAGGGUUUGUUGUGGAGAGGUAUAGAGCUAUUGAGAACUUUGUUACAGAGAUGUUUUGGAAGAUAAAAGUUAACCAUACAAUGAACAAUUUAAGUGUUGAUUUUUCAUGGGAAAGAGUACGACUUUUUGACCAGCAAGCUUGUCAAGUGCUACAUGACAUAUGCAUGGAGAACCGACAGGCUAAGGUAACCAAUGUGAAAACUAAACCAAAGUCAAAGUGGAGACCCCUGCCAUUGGAUACAGUGGAAUUAGAAAAAUUGGCAUCUCGGAAGUUAAAAAUAAAUGCUAAAGAGACGAUGCGUAUUGCCGAGAAACUGUAUACCCAAGGUUAUAUAAGCUAUCCCCGUACUGAAACUAACGAGUUUCCCAAGGAAAUGAACCUGGGACAACUUGUGGGACACCAAACUGGGGACCCCAAUUGGGGAGUAUUUGCUCAGAAUAUACUUGAUAGUGGUGGACCUACACCAAGGCAAGGAAAUAAGAGUGAUAAAGCUCAUCCUCCCAUACACCCGACUAAAUAUGCUCACGAUUUAUCUGGCAACGAGCAACGUUUGUACGAAUUCAUAGUGCGGUCGUUCCUCGCAUGUUGUUCUAAGGACGCACAGGGUCAGGAGACCACCGUUAACAUUGAGGUAGCCAGGGAGGCGUUCAGUGCUAGCGGCCUUAUGAUUACAGCUCGUAAUUAUUUGGACGUAUAUCCAUAUGACAAGUGGUCUUCGAAAGAGAUACAUAUAUAUGAGACUGGUCAAGUAUUCAAUCCAACGAGCAUUGAUAUGUUAGAAGGCAGUACUUCGCCUCCAAAUCUAUUAACUGAAGCGGAUCUCAUAGCCCUUAUGGAAAAACAUGGCAUCGGCACGGACGCCACGCACGCGGAGCACAUCGAGACCAUCAAGAGCCGCUCGUACGUGUCGCUGGCGGACACGCACUUCGUGCCGGGCGUGCUGGGCAUGGGGCUGGUGGAGGGCUACGACGCCAUGGGGCUGGCGCUGGCGCGGCCACACCUGCGCGCCGCGCUCGAGGCCGACCUGCGCGCCGUGUGCGAGGGCCGCCGGCGCCCCGAGCAGGUGCUGGCGGAGCAGAUAGCAAAAUACAAGGAAGUGUAUCUAACAGUAACGGCAGAAGCAAAUAAAAUAGAUCAGGCCCUGGCUGGUAGACUGUCUGAGCGGGCUAUGGAGUACACACCUACCGUUGAAACCUUUGUGUCAUUGCCUCCAGUGUUUAAGUGUCCGAAGUGCGGUUCCGACAUGGUUGUAAAACAGCAAAAGAACAACGCCGAUAAAUAUUAUAUAAGUUGCAUUUCUUUCCCAAAAUGCAAGAACGCGGUCUGGCUACCGACCAUUGUGAAAACGAUAGACGUUCUUCCCGAGUCCUGUGAAUCAUGUGGACCGAAUUAUAAGAAAUUAAAAUUCGAAUGGAGAAAUAAUUCUAUAAGCCACAUGUAUCCGCCGCCAUACAUCGGCUGUCUAGGCGGCUGCGAUAUGACUUUCCUAGAAUUAUUAAAAGUCAACAUUUCUACUGUUAAAAAUGUAUCGGGAACUAAUAGGGCACAGAGUACACAGUCAAAUGUUGUCACUUCGAGCAACAACAGAAAUGUUAAUACGAUUCAAACGAAUACAUCUGUUCGCCAAAAUAUUCCAAAUCAGCCGAGACAAUUUGUACCGCCACCUACUGUAAAUAGAACUCAAAAUGCAACGAAUCCCGCUCCAAGAAUACCAGCUAGUAACAACACCACUAAUCCUCCCAGAGUACCGACAGCUAGCAGCACAGGGAGUGGCGAAGAAAACAAUGUUUUCUGUGGCUGCAAUAAACCUGCAAUAUUGCUUACUGUACGAAAACAAAACGCAAAUCAUGGAAAAAAAUUCUACAAGUGUCCAGCAGGUUUAGAUAAUGGUGGGUGCGAUUUCUUCCUAUGGGCGCCCGAGUCGGGAGAAAACGUUCAGAACCGAUCCGAGACAUAUUCGUCCACCAGUUCGGGAUACCACAGUAACUCCACUGACACCUGGGGAUCAUCAUCGAGUUUUCCGACAAACGAUACCCAUCAGGACGACGAUAGCGUUAUGUGCAAUUGUAAUAUGCCAUGUAAAAGAAUAACAGUACAGAAAGAGGGACCAAAUAAAGGCCGUCCAUUUUAUGGAUGUCCAAAAGAUUUCAACUCGCGAUGUACAUUUUUCCAAUGGGCUGACAAUGAAACAAACACAGAGUGGCGGGGGGCGACGAGGGGCGCGGCGCGUGGGGCGGCGCGGGGCGGGGCGCGCGGGGCGGCGCGGGGUGGGGCGCGGGGGGCGCACGGGGCGGCGCGGGGGGAGGGCGCGGCGCGGCGCUGCGGCCUGUGUCGCCGCGAGGGACACACGAGGAACCGUUGUCCUGACGCCUAG